AUGGACCCAAAUCCCCGGGCAGCCCUGGAGCGCCAGCAGCUCCGCCUUCGGGAGCGGCAGAAAUUCUUUGAGGACAUUUUACAGCCAGAGACAGAGUUUGUCUUCCCCCUGUCCCACCUGCAUCUCGAGUCGCAGAGACCCCCCAUAGGUAGUAUCUCAUCCAUGGAAGUGAAUGUGGAUGCCCUGGAGCAGGUAGAACUUAUUGACCUUGGGGACCAAGAUGGAGCAGAUGUGUUCUUGCCUUGCGAAGACCCUCCACCAACCCCCCAGACAUCUGGGAUGGACCACCGUCCAGAGGAGCUGGGCCUGCCAAUGGCCACGCCAGACAGGACCGCGUCCCGCACCUCCUCCUCGUCUUCUGACGACUCCACCAACCUGCACAGCCCAAAUCCCAGUGACGGCGGAGCGGACACGCCCUUGGCACAGUCUGAUGAGGAAGAGGAUGGGGCCGAUGGGGGGGCAGAGCCUGGAGCUUGCAGCUAGCAGUGGGUGUCCAUGUAUAGACUGAGCGGGCUGGCUCUUCCACACAGGAGAUGAGAGGCCCAGCCAGAGCCCUGCGGAGAAGACCAGACUCUUUACUUACAGCAGGCACUGGGGGGAGGCAAGGAUGGUGGGAUGGUGAGCCUCUCUGGGAAUCAACCCUCCUGCUUUACUGCUAACCUUUCCUGCUACGACCCCCUCCCACCCCCCCCCACCCCCCCCCCCCCCCAGUUUUUGGCUUUGCUCCUGAGGCAGGGCUUGCGGGCGCGGAGAUGGAAGAUGAGGUAGGACAAGAUGCCGCUGCUUUUCCUAGCGCCCCUGCCUCCCCCAGACUAUCCUGCAGUCUUCUGAUAGAGUCUCCUACACCAGUGUCUCUAAGUGGACGUGAACUCCUAGCACUCUCCGUGCGGUGGUACCCCUGCUCCCCCACCCCCUGUUUGGGAACAGGGCACGGAAUAAGUAAUAAACAAAUAAUAAUAUA